AUGACGCCAUUUCUGUCAGAGAAGAAACUCACAACAAGCCCCGGGGCCGGCGCAGGGCCGGCUGUCCCCACCGGGGGCCUCUGGGCCCCGCCGAGCGGCUCGGCGCCCCACAGGGUCGCGCAGGCCCCGGCUCCAGGGGCCCCGGGUGGGGGCGGCGGGAGGCCAGGCGGGCCGGAGCGCCGCGGGCAGGACGACCCGCCGCACAGCCGCUGCCCACGUCCCGUUCCCAGGCGGAGGCCGGACAAGUGCGAGCGGGAUCCCCGGCGGCCGGGCCGCGGGGGCCGCCAAAGGUCCGAGGGGCCGGCAGACUGCACGGCCCCCCGUGCCGGCCCGGGCCCCCCACCGCGGCCCAGAGCCGCUAAACCGCUGAGUGUGCGGCCGCCAGGAUGGGGGGCGACUCGCACUCUGCAACUGCAUGGGGGCGGGGGCUCCCGGGAGGCCGAGGCCCCGAGCCCCAGCGCCCGGCGAGGCACCGAGCGAUCGGCCCCCGCUCCUCGGCCGGGCCGGGUGACUCCCGAAACGACCCCCUCACGAGACAGCGAGAGCCUCAGAAAAUGCCCCUACCUUCCGCGGAGGCGAGCUCUGACCCUGGCACGGCCAGAGUUCCCUCCCCUACUCCCCCCCAAAACCAGUAGGCCCGGGGGAGAGAUGGGGGAAGAAGGGCGGCGGGUCCAGCGGUUGCUGAGGCUGAAGCUCCGGCUCCUCCUCCUCCCGCGGCGGCGACUGGUACCUUUGUUUGGCGGCCGCUCGGGCUCCCUCGCUGGGGGGAGGGGGGGACGACGAAAAAUCCCUCCCGGACUGGAGGUCCGGGCCCCGAAUCGCGCUGCCCUCCAGAGGACGGCAGCGCCAGACCCUCUGCGGCUCCCUCCGGGCAAAGGUCCAGGCGGUGGCCGUGGCGGCGGCAAGCUUAAGCUCAAGACUCUCCCUCCGCUCCGGCGCCCGAGCUCCUCACUCCGGACUCGACUGACGGCGUUCUUUAGAACCCGCCUAUAUCCCAUUCUUAUUGGUCCUCGGAAUACAAACAACGACGCCAUUUUCCCACCACUUCUAUGGAAACUGAAAGUUACUCCUCAAAGCUUGCCGGGAAGUGUAGUCCAACCUCUGGGGCCAAUGCGCAAGCCCUUGCCCAGGAGAACUGCAAGACCCGCAAUGCCCCGCGCCUGCGUGGGACGAGGAGCGAGGGGGAAGGAGAGGAGGCGGGGCGACAAAGCAGAGGGGAGGCGGCGACGACGCCUGCGCAGUGUGACCGGGAUGGCGCAUUUUCUUGCUUCGAGUAAUGCAGUGUCGCUGGUGGCUGAGGAGGGUGGAGAGUUCUGUGGUGAAGCAAGGGGAGGGACCCAUGUAGACGUCAGGCGGAGCCUUGGUCAGAACUAUAAAGUGGGAAGUUGA